GCUGCGUGCGGGCGGCUCGGCGGUGGACGCCGCCAUUGCGACGCUGCUGUGUAAUGGUGUGCUGAGCAUGCAGAGCAUGGGCGUCGGCGGCGGCUUCUUCAUGACCGUCUACUCAAGAGAGAAACAAGAGGCGGUCGUCAUCGACGCUCGCGAAGAGGCACCAGGUGGAGCCACCGAGGAUAUGUUCAAGGGCGAUUCGGACGCGUCGCAAUUCGGUGGCCUAGCCGUCGCUGUUCCCGGGGAGCUGCGCGGUUACCGGGUCGCGCAUGAUCGAUACGGAAAACUUCCUUGGAAGGAUCUCAUAAUGCCGACCGUGCGGCUGUGCCGGAAGGGAUUUCUCCUCAAGAACUGUCCGGGCUGUCUCGCCAGGAAGAUUCAGAUCAAGGCCGACCUGAUCAUGCAGCAGGAGAGCAUGAGGGACCUCCUCGUGAACCCGCGCACGGGCAAGCUGUACCGCGCGGGAGAGGUGAUGCGUGUGCCGCGGCUCGCUGACACGCUCGAGGCGAUCGCGCUCAACGGCAGCGACGCCAUCUUCUACGACGGGGAGAUCGGCGAGAAGCUCGUCGCCGACGUCAACAAGUUCGGUGGCAACAUGAGCAUGGACGACCUGCGGCGCUACGAGGUCAAGGUUCGCGAUGCGAUCAGCGUGAAGAUGCAGCGAGACGGCGACGUCCUGCACUCGGUGCCGCCCCCUGGUGGCGGCGCCGUGCUCCUGCUCGCGACGGCCAUUCUCGACGGGUAUAAGUUCGACUCGGGCAGCAUUGCUACGGACGACGUCACGCAGCUGACGUACCAUCGCGUUGCCGAGGCGUUCAAGUUCGGCUACGCUCACAGACUCCUGCUCGGAGACCCGGCAUACGUCAACAUGACUCAGCUGGUGAACAACGUGACUUCGAGCGAUUACGCGGCGGGUCUGCGGGCGCGCAUCACAGAUGGCAGCACCCACGACCCGGAGUACUAUGGCGUGAAGACGGGCGGCGGGGACGACCACGGCACGUCUGACGUCGCCGUUGUCGCGAGCAACGGCGACGCCGUGUCCGUCACUAGCACCAUCAACACGCUGUUCGGCGCGAUGCGAAGGUCGCCAUCUACUGGCGUGAUCCUGAACAACGAGAUGGACGACUUCUCGUCGCCGAACUCGACCAACUUCUUCGACCUCCCGCCGUCGCCGUCCAACUUCAUCCGGCCGGGCGCGCGACCCGUAUCGUCGAUGUGCCCGGCGAUACUCGUCGAUCGCCAUGGCGACGUGAGACUCGUCGUCGGCGCCUCGGGAGGGUCGCUGAUCCCCUCCGCGACGACCUGGGCGUUCGCACACAACCACUGGUUCGAGCAGCCGCUCAACGUUGCCAUAGAUACGAAGAGGCUGCAUCAUCAGCUGAUACCUAAUGAGCUGACAUAUGAGGCAGGAUUCAGUAAGAGCAUCCUGCGUGGACUCGCCACCAGGGGGCACCAGCUGCGCGAGUUCUCCGUCGGCGACUCGGUAGUGCAAGCGAUCGAGGUUUUGCGCUCGAACGAACAACGCUCGCUGCUCGCCUGCUCCGACUGGCGCAAGGGAGGUCUGCCGGACGGGUACUGAGCGCGGGGGCCGGAUAUCCUGAUGACCACCGUCCAAUGUUGGCUGCGCCCGGCUCUCGGUCCAUCUGUCUCCCGCGGUGGGGGGUGGGAUGUGCGCGGGGGAGUGGUGGAGUGCGUGUGGUCACUCGCGUCCCUAUCAUUGUUCCCUGCUCCUGUUUAUGUUCACUUAACUCUGAUGUUCCCUCCACCUGCAUAGGUUCACUCCACACUCCACUCUGUUGUUCCUUCCCUCCUGCAUAGGUUCACUCCACACUCCACUCUGUUGUUCCUUCCCUCCUGCAUAGGUUCACGCCACUCUCAUUCAUUUGUUCCAUCCCGACUCGCAAUGCCCCCUGGUGUGACGCAUCAAUAUUGGCACAUCACUGUUUACAUUGUCGUGCACAGUGUAAUGUGUAAUGUGUAAGUGUUUUAUAUCUGCGCGAAAGAGAAAACUCGUUGUUGGGAUGUAGUUUUAACUAAUCUGUAUAGAUUGUAUAACCGUAAUUUGUAUAAAUCGUAUAAAAUAUUAAUUUAUAUAAACCGUGAAAUGUUACGAAUUUGGCAUUUAUAUGAUAUAUAUAUAUAUACCAUUUAAUGCUGUUCUGUUGUAUAUAUCGAUUGAUAUUAAAAAUGCCACCACAAUGUUUAUAACAAAAAAUGUU